UGCUUAUUUAGAACAUUUACCGCUUUGCCAAUAUUCACUGUUACUGUAACAUAUAUAGUCAUGUAAGGAGUAAGGAACACUGGAGGUGCAUAGAGCCAAGAAUUUAAUAGGGGAGCCAAACUGGAAUGCCAUAUGUACACUUAUAAAAACCAGCAACUCUUUACUUUACAGAUAUCUAGGGUCUUAGGUAAGAUUGAGCAUUCUGUGGCACAGCAAGAAGCUAAGAUUAAGGCAAACCAAGAGGACAGCAGUCACCAGCUCCACCUACUGGAAGCUAAGUUGGAAGGGGUGUCAGAAGACCUGAAGGGCCAGUUGGUAUCAGUUCAAAACUCUCUGGAAAAGGAACAGGAACGGGCAGUCACAGAGUGUCUUACGAAGAUUGAGCAACUUUCACUAGUCAUGAAGGAACAAACGGAUAAAAAUGACAAGAUUGUGGAAGAGAGGUAUGGUCAACUCUCCAUGAAGCUUGAUAAGAUUGAGGAGAUACAGAAAAUGAAUUUAGGGUCCCACAGAGUGAAGCACGCAGAGGAAAAGGAAAACGACCGGAUCAACAAGAUAGAGAAAGAAAUACAGGACAUGAGAGCAGAGACUAACGCUGGUUUCGCUGCCAUUCAUGAGAGUCUGGGGUCCCUAAGACAUGUACUUGAAACUAAAAUGAAGCUGGAGAAGGACCAACUCCAGAAACAGAUCCACCAGGUGAAGAAGAUGACCCAGUCUUCUGCGCAGGAAAACCAGCAGAAGUUGCAUAUGUAAAUGAAUGUAUUAUAUCAUAUGAAAGUGGGCCCUUUCAUACAUGUAUGUAAUGGUAGGUUUAUUGCAAUAUAUAAAUAAGCACAUAUGCCUGUUCUAGCACACACUGUUCUUGCAUUGGUCUAUGAGAGCGCAGACAAACUCCCUUUAGCCUCUCAAAGAAAGAGCAUCAGUCAGUUGCACAGCUGAUUAAUUGAUCAUUUUUUUGUAAUUUCCAAAAUAACAAUAUUUUUAUAUAACAGCCACACAAGUCGAUGUCCUAAACCUGCCCCACACUUAAAGGAGUUACAGAAGAACAGCUGAGAUGAUUUCUGCAAAACUAUGCCGUUCUGCAUAAAACGAUUUUGUUUUUUUGUGAAACUAACAACCACAAUAUUUUUUUCUGCUAAGUACCACAAGUGCCAAGAUCCUGUCUGAACUUGUGAUGAAAUUGUAUAGUAUGCUAGUAAAUUAUCUUAUCAACAUCACUGCAUUUCAUUUGUGGUUUAUUUGUGUAUGUGAGGCUUAGGACACUUUAAAGUAGUGCUAACUAUUGCUUUCUAUUUUACAUGUAAACUCUUCAGCUAGCAUCUUGAGUCCACUGUUCUAAUUUAACAGUCACAUUUUAAAUACAGACUUUUUAAUCUUUCAUGAAUAGCUACACCAUAUACAGUUUCUGGAAGAAAAUAUUAAAAUCUUGACAGCAGUCCAAUUAAAGGAUGGUGCUGCUGAAGAAGAGAAAACUGUUUAUUCCAACGAGGGGGCUUGCAGACCUAAUAAAUGUGACAGAGAAACUGUAAUAGGGAGGUUUUGUAUUUCUGAUCCAGACCACUGUUUGUUUUUUAAUUCAUUACCAGUGUGUGUUUAUAGGUUGUUUUGAUAGAUUGGCUUCACACAUGUGUUGCAAUAUCAUUUUUAAAAGGUCUCUAGGAGGUGGUGACUGAAACAGAAAAGGGUCCAGUGAAUCUAAAAAGAAGAACUCAUUAGUAAAGACAGCUGAUAUUUUCUACUCAUGUCAAGUUGUUCUUUUCAUGUAAUAGUUACAGUUAGCACAGAUGGUUCACUUUAACUACAUUGUAUGCAUUAUAAACAGGGGUUCUGAUUUAGUUUCUCAGUAAAGCUUGAUUUCUACCUUAUAAUCAAUGUUGUGUGUACGUAGUUACUGUAAAAGUCAAGGACAUUUACUUAACCAAUGAAUGGGAACCAUUUUGUAAAAUAUACAUGAAGAUAUUUGCUUUUUUUUUAAAUGUCUUAAUGAAAGUAUCCUGUAUUAUAAAAAAAAAAAAAACUGUAACCAUUGUUGCAAUAAACCUGUGUGUAAAUAUUUUAUGAAAAUGCAAUACAAUUCAAUAAGUAAAUACAGGGUGCAGAUCACUGGGACCUCAAUGCAGAACCUUUAACAGGAGUGCUGAAGAAUACAUUUGGCAAAAAUGGUAGAAUAUCAUAAAUAAAUCAAUACAAAUAAAAACACACAUUUAUACUACUUUAACCAUGUACUUUAAUCAUGUAAUAACAUUGUAUUAACUGGUAAUUGCCAACAUAUCCAUUGUGUAAUUACAUGGAACAGCUUCUAUCAUACUGUUACCAUGUAAUUACAUUAGGUAUUAAGCUGUUGUUCACAAGGCCAUUUCCAUGUAUUUGCACAGUAGUUAUCAUGUAAGAGCACGAAACUAGUUAUUUAAUCACAAAACUAGACUUAAUCCUGGGAUUGUUGUGAUGUUUUUAUUCCUAGGACAUGAAUCAACUGGGGAAUAAAGCUGAUGAUCUGUGUUUAAAAAUAUCAAAGCAAAGACAAAGAAUAUUUGAUAUAUUUGACCUCACUCUCUUAUAUAUGGUAAUAAUGGAACACACAGAUCACAGGAAAUAAAAGCACUUAAGCUCAAUCAGAUACUGUAAAGCCAUACAUAUUUGCAAGCCUUUUAUUAUGCA